UGGGUCAUUGUCAUAACCACCUAAAAUUGUGUUACAAGCAGAAAAAAAGACUUAAAUGUAAAUAAAAUACCAUGUUUAUUUUUUAUAGUAAAGAUAACCAUUAAAUAAUUCAAAAUGUAUAUUCGUUAUUUUAAAUAAAACUAAAAUAAAGUAGUUACUAAACAAUUUCGAAAGAAAAGUCCGCUUCGGUGGGCUGUUACCGCUCUCCCUAUUCAUGCAAAUUCGAUCAUAUAAUGAAAACUGUUAUGUAAAGUGAACUUUUGAAUAUGUUUUCUCAAAAUAGAUAUUCUAAUUACUUUAAUAACUGAGAACUUAAAAUAACCAUUAAAAAUAAAAACACUUUUUGUACGUUGCAAUAUUGUUACUAAAAUUUACAUCUUUUUGGUGGACUUACUUCAUUUAUAAAAAUUAUUAUGAAAAUAAUAAAAUUCUGUGAACGGAACGUUAUUCAACAACGCGUCCGAUACUCAGCUGAUCACGCGCAGCGCCAUUUUGACGCAGCUCGCAUACGAACGAAGUUAUUGCUCCUUGUUUAAAAAUAUCUAGUGGUGUCAAAGUUGAGUGUAUCUUUUCGGUUCCUUGUGUAUUUUGACAAUGGCUAGAACUAGAAAUAAAUUGACUGAAGAUGAGAAGAAGAAAAGAAGACGCGAACAGAAGAAGUUAAGUAUGAGGAGAGCAAGAGAAAAAUUAAAGAAAGAUCCAGUAGCAUUAGAAGAAAAGCGGAAGAAGGAUAGAGAGUACUAUCAUAGGAAAAUAUCAUAGGAAAAAGUUUUAUUUAAUUGGGGCUUACUUGGGCAAAGAAACACAGGCAGAUAAUAUAAUGUGGCACUUUAGCGAGAGUGGCCAUGGUAAAGGGGCGCCUGAUGGUAUAGGAGGUUGUCUCAAACGAACGGCUGAUAAGUAUGUAGCAAAAGGAAAUGAUGUAAGUAACAUUGAUGGGUUCAUAGAAUGUGUGAAUGAGAACUGUAAAGGAAUCAAAGUAAUUAAGAUUGACGAUACUGUUGCAAAAGACAUUGAAAUUAAAAUUCAAAACUGCGAUAUACGCCCCUUUCGUGGUACUAUGCAGGUGCAUCAAGUUACAUGGGACAAACUCGAACCAAGAACCCUGCACUUCCGAAGACUAAGCUGCAUAACUUGCCAUCCGAGUGCUAAAUGUCAUCACUAUGACUUAGGUUGUAUAAGUCUUGACUUACCACUACCCACUUUGCACGCUGAAAUACCUGCUCCCACCCCAGUUCAGUCUUCUAUUCCCAGCCCCUUACCAAGUCUACCAAGCCCAUUAAUGAGUCCUAACUGGACUCCAAUAGUCCAACAGUUGCUCAACUCGAUAGACAGGAAAAAGUUGAGCCCAACAGUUACUGAGAUGCAAACCAAUGAUUUAGAAAAACCAACAUGCUCCAAGACCCUGCAUGGCCUUAAAAGUCGAAAACGCCUUAAGUUUUCUGAUGUUUACUCUGACAGUUCAUGUUCACCACCUACUUCAAGACCCGGAACUCCGCUGAAACUACACAAGAGGCAUCAUCAACACUUUUGGUCGUCAUCCGAGGAUGAAGAUAUUAUGUCCACCAAGAAGACAUAGUAUUUUUGGUGGACAAAGGGAUUUAUUUUAUUUUAAUUUACUUUUCAAUGAUACUGCGUUGGCUUUUUUUUUAUCGUUUCUUGUGAGACGAUUUGAUUAAUAUUAUAGAAAAAAGAUUAUAUUUUCAUGUGUAGAUUGUUGCUAAAUUACACUUUUAGUACAUUCGGUAGACAUCGGUGUCUUUUCGGUGGAUCUAUAAAAACGUUUUUUUUAAAUAACUAUUCUAAUUGUUAAGUUUGAUCUCAGACAAUAAUUUAUUAUUGUUACAAUUGAUCUCUUUCAUUAAAUAAGGGAAGAAUUCUUUAAAAAUAA